AGGGCGUGGGACUUUGGCGGAGGGAGACGAAGUGAACCCAACGCCGUCGUUCGGCGGCAUUGGAUGUGGACAGAUAAAUGAGACCGGAGAGUGGUGUUUGGUUGCAGAGAUAGAGAAGCCUUGUCCGGGAAUAGGAGGGCUUUAGGGUUUUGGUUGACAGUCGAACAGAGAGAGAGAGUUGGGGUUUGGGGAAGAAGACGGAGCACCCGGGAGCGGGUUCGGAGGCGGGUCGUGGGCUUGGGUUUUGGGUACUUUUUAUUGGGCUUGGUGGACCACUUGUUAUAGAAAAUUUGAAAACCAAGCCGCGCUAAAAACACCCAUCUCCCUCUCUCCUCUCUCUCCUCUCUCUCCUCUCUCUCUCUCUAGCUCUUUCUGCAACUCGGUGAAUCUGAAUCCAUGGUCGAAGUUUGAAAUCGGCGACGAUGGAGAAGCUGUUGGUGCAGAUCUUCGAGCGGAAGAAAUGGAUUGUUAACCAAGCAAAGCAGCAGACUUUACUCUUCGAGCAAAACCUCGCCUCCAAAUGCCUAAUAGACGGAAUCGCCCCUCCUCCCUGGCUUUGCUCCUCCACCGACCCCAACAAUGUGUUGAACAAACAAGAGCUGAAUUCCGGAGUUCCACUCCAUGGCGCGCUGCCUAUGAUCCCUUUUAGUAGUCACUGUUCUGUGUUUGACAAGCCAGCUCCCACAACUCUCAGUGGGGAGCUAGCAAAUGGUUUGUGCACUGAAUUUCAUGGUUUGGACAAAGGUUUUGGUGCUGGAGAUGAGGUGUCAGUUUUGCCACAGUGCUCCGUAGGUAAUGCUGGGCGUGUAUCCAAAAGCGUUCCUCAAGAUGUGAGGGAAAAGGAUCCUAGUGUUACAUCUCCAGAAGAUGUGAGGGAUGCAAGAAUCUCAGACAUUUACCAUGAUCCAGCUCUAUCACCAGCUAGAGGUGCAGGAGAUGUGGUAUCAACUUUGCCACAAUGCCCUGUUAGUAAUGCCGCAAGUUCCUCCAACAGUGUUCCUCAAGAUCCGAGAAAAGAGGAUCUGAGUAAUACAUCUCCUGAAGAUCAGAGGGAUGCAAGAACCUCUGACAUUUACCAUGACCCAGCACUAUCACUGGCUAGAGUUCAGAGAUCCAAAUCCAGACAAAAAGCGUUGGAAAUUCGCAACAGUGCCAAAAAAAGCUUUUCACUGGAUAAGAACAAUGGUAUUGGGUAUGCUAGUGGAACAAUUGGGUGUGUGAUAUCUUCCCUACAGUCUGACCAUGUUGAUGAACUGAACUUAUUCAAACCUCCUGAGACAAGUGAUUAUGCAUGUGAAGUGGAAGAAGCAAAAAUAGGCGAGUUUCGAAGCAAGGAAAGAGGUACUAGCAUCUCCUCUGGUAGAAUUACAAGAUCUAGAAGCUCUGGUCAGCAGUCUAACCAUGUAAAUAAACCGUUGGAAUUGGUUAAUUGCUUUCAUAUCACUAAUGAUUGUCGCCAAGAGAAUGAAGCAAAAGUAGGUGAUUAUUUUACCAAGGAAAAGGGAAGCAGCAUGUACUCUGGGAGAACAACAAGAUCUAGAAGUGCUAGUCAAGAACCUAGUUGUCUUGAUGAAAUGUCCAAGUUGGAGCAUUUAUCUAACAGCAUAAGUGAAGAUGGUGUCAGAAAUUCAUUGCAACGUCCGAAACAUGUUGACGAAAUGGUGGAAGUGGUGAAAUCUUGUGAUGUAAUUGAUGGAAGUUGUGAAGUGAAAACAAAAGUGGGGGAGUGCUGGGGCAAGGGAAUCAGUGAUUACAGUGGCAGAAUAACAAGAUCCAGAAGUUCUUCCCGAAACCCAAACGAUGUUAACAAUUCUCCGAAGGUAGAUACUUCCUGUGUUUCUGUAAAGGGUGAUGGCGGUACAAUCCAUCAUUCCACCGGUACAUCAACACAGCCACCUCAGCGUUUAAGUUGGACUACAGGAGAUCCUGAUUUCCAUGAUGCACAUGGGUCUCAAGUGUCCAUUUUAAGGUCUCUACCUGCUCAAAGUAAUCUUGAGUUUUGUGCAGUAAAUGGGGAAAAGCAUUCAAGUAAGGAGGAUUCUUCUGGGGAGUAUGUCUUCAGAAGUACUGGGUCACAAGCUGUGUGUAGGACUGAAAAAAUAGUGAAAGGCACCAUCGCCAAUAUAUCUGGUCAAAGAAUUAAUCAGUCAACAUAUGCUGCAUCUAAAAAGUCUCAUGAUUCACAGAGAACUCAAAUAUCUUCUGGAAGGUCUGUUCCAAUUCAAUGUGAUCAGGAUCUGUUUGUGGAGAAUUCAACAGAUUCUUCAGACAAGGAAAAUGAUGUAGAUCACGAUGCUGGUAGAAAGACAAGUAACAACAACAGCAAGCAUUUGUCAGAGAAAAUGACUCGUGGGUCUGCAGGAAUCAGGCACCAGGAUGUAUCAAGUGCUAUGGUAAAAGGGGUACCUUGUACUCAAACCAGUGAAUUUGUUAAAGCUGCAACUGGUGGAGAAACUGAAAUUCAUCCUGAUGUAUCGGUUGAAGGUUCUGGAUCAAAAUUGGAUGGUACUGGGCUUAAAGUUGGAGUGGAAGUUUUAGCCUCAAGGCAGCCAGCUGAUUGUAAUGUGUUUGUGAAUCCCAAGCAACUUAAUUUUGAUGAUGUGGAAGAGUCCUGUAGGAAUGGAUGUUAUACUCCUCUUAAAGAGGGAAUGCAGGGAAGGUCAUCAGAGAAAAGUUAUCUUUCCUUGAUGCACACUGAAGAUAUACGGGAUGAAGGAAUGACUGUCGAUUACCAAGAAAACUGUAACUCAUCCCUGCCGAUGAAUUUUCUGGGGGAUCCAGAAGUUUCAGUCAAAGGAAAGGACCUCCAGAGUGCUUUAUCUGAAUCCCCUGCAGAGGAUUCUAAAAGUGUCUCUAAUGGAAAUGCUGUCCUAUCAGUUAAAGAGGCAUCCUAUGAUCAUAAUGAUGGAGGUACUAGUACUUUGCUAGAAAGUGGCAAUAGAGAGUCUCUGUGUGGAAGCACAGGAAGCGUAGAGCAUAGUCCAAAGGCCUUACUAGAAUCUCAAGGCCCACUUUCUCGGGAGGAUGUUGCAAAAUCAAUUCUUAGGGGAAGUCCAGUUGAAGAAACGCCUCGACUUGAGGACCACGACAUGAUAGAGAGCUCUGAAUCUUCACCUAAGGCACAGAUUAAAGAGGGUGAAACUAGUGAUGAACUGAAUGUGGUCAAACCUCCUGAUACAAGUGCUUGUGAAGUGGAAGAGGCAAAAAUAGGUGAUUUUCAAAGCAAGGAAAGAGGCACUGCUAUCUCCUCUAGUAGAACUGCAAGAUCUAGAAGCUCUGGCCAACAGGAGAGCUCUUUGAAUGUCAGUGGUUCAGCCAUUAAUGCCAGAAAAACUGGCGGAACACUUGCAGGUUCUAUUGGCAUAUUACCUCGGCUGUCUAACCAUGCAAAUCAACCAUUGGAAUCGGUUAAUUAUUCUCAUAUCACUAAUGCAAGUUGCCAAAAGAAGGAAGCAAAGGCAAGAGAUCACUUUCUUUUGGAGGGUUCAUGCCCUCAGCAUAAACGAAGAAAGACUGGGCAUAAAACGGCUGAUUACCUGCCUGCUUCCUUGGACUUGAGAGAACAUGGCUUUUACACUGUCAGUAGUGAUUCUGCGUGUGGGAACUUGGGAAGUGUAGAACAUAGUCCAAAGGCCAUGCUAGAAUCUCAAGGACUUUCAGUUUCCCAGGAGGAUGUUGUGAAAUCAACACAUCAAAAUGAGGAUCCCCACAUGAUAGAUUGCUCUGAAUCUUCACCUAAGGCACAGAUGACAGAGGGUAGAAUCAGCUUGGGAUGCGGGAAUACAAGUGGGAAUGCACGUUUCACUUUCAUGGAUAAAGAAUUUGAAGAAUCAAUCUUAAGUUUGAUGAAGCAGACUGGUGGCCGGUCUCAAAAUUCUUUGAUGGAGGAAACAGGAGUAGCACAUCCGCCAAGCAUUAUCGUUGAUUCAGGAAGUCAAUGCAUAGAAGAGAACACUGUUUCAUUAACUCUUGAGAAUCAUCUUACAAUAGGACAUGCUGAACAUUUGACUUGUGCUCGAAGAGAAAUGCAGGAAAUGAGAUUUGAUCUUGAAGGGACCAGUAAUUUUGGAUCUCUACGUUGCCAAUCCUUGGAUUUGAUUGGUGGCGAUGAUACAAAGCCUGAGCUUGAGGGGUUCGUUAUGCAAACAGAUGAUGAACCAACAAGCAUUGCUGGAAAGGGAGUUGGCUUUGACGAGUGGAACCUUCCAAGCACUACAAUUGAACAUGCCAGCAUUCUGGAGCAGCUGUGCCAAUCUGCUUGCAUGCAAACUCCAGUUGCAUGCUCUUCUGCUUCAUAUAAGUUGCAUAAUAUUCCAAAUCUCUACCAGUCUGUUCCAACUGGGCUUCUAGAGGGUGUGGAUAUGAGGACCAUGAAUGAUGCUGUCAAGCAAUUAAGGGAUGGUCAUAGUUGCUCGAGUGAGGAAGUUGGCCAGGCGUUUUAUGCAAGGUCCUAUUCUGAUUGCCUAUUAAAUCAUAGUGGUCAAUCUAGUUGGGAUACUAAGAAACCUUAUCUGUCUCCAGUUGGGAAACUUUGGGAUAUAACUGGUUCAAGGACUAGCAGUUCAAGGAAGCGAGGAAGCUUAAAUCUGGAGCUUCCCUGCAUCAGUGAAGAAAAUGAGAAUGCAGAUGAGGUAGCUGAUACUUUCCAAGGUGGCAUUGUUUCAGAUGCAUUAAAUAGCUCAAUACAAAGAGUACCCCUUGCUGACAUUACUGAGAUUCCAAACCCUCCUGCAUCAGUUUCUAAAGCUGAACCAUAUGCAGAUAGACUUAGCCUAGAUUCCAUGAAUACUGAAAUCAGCUUUACAGGCACUCAUAAGAGCUUCAAACAGAGGCUUGGAAUCCAAAACAGCAGCAAGAGAAGAUAUAACAAUAAGGAGAACCUGAGCAUGUCACAAGCAACAAACGAUAUUAAGAGGACUACUGGAUCACUUCAUAACAGGUUCAGUAAACCAAAAUUAUCUGGAAAAACCAGUUUGAGAAAAGGUGGUCCAAGUUUGUCAGAGCAGGAGCCAAAACGUAACAAUAUCGUGUCCAGCAUGACUUCUUUCAUUCCACUUGUUCAACAGAAACAAGCAGCUGCAGUUGUAACAGGAAAGAGGGACAUCAAAGUGAAGGCCCUGGAGGCAGCUGAAGCUGCAAAGCGUCUUGCAGAAAAGAAAGAGAAUGAACGCAAGAUGAAGAAGGAAGCCUUGAAACUUGAGCGGUCAAGAAUGGAGCAGGAGAAUAUGAAGCAAUUGGAGGUGCAGAAAAAAAAGAAAGAAGAAGAGAGGAAGAAAAAAGAAGCUGAUAUGGCAUCAAAGAAGAGACAAAGGGAAGAGGAAGAAAGGAAGGAGAAGGAAAGAAAAAGAAUGCGUGUUGAAGCCCGUAGACAGCAGAGAGAACAUGAAUACAAGUUACCUGCUGAAAAAGUAGAGAAUGAAAUGAAAAGCCAGGCCAUUGAUGGAAGAGGCCAUGGCGGUAAGAAAUCUAAGGAUGAAACGGCAAAUAAGAAGAUGGAGGCAGAAAGGGGAUUUGACAAUUCCAGAAAUAUUUCAGAGACUCAGCCUAGUACUUCCAGGAUUUCAAUAAGCAACGCCGGAAGAGAAAGUAUUGUCCAUGAAGAGUUCCAUGAGGCCUCGAGUAAUUAUGGGUAUAAAGCAGAGGUACCGAGCGAUUUAGACAAAGAAAUGGAGAAUUCAAUUGGCAUUACAAGUCAAGAGCAGUCUUAUGACAUCUCUCCAUACAAAGAAUCAGAUGAUGAAAAUGACAAUGAUGACAAUGUCAUACCGAAUAGUAAAUUUAUUCCUUCAUGGUCAAGUAAAAACUGCCUGGCUUUUGCUGUUUCUUGCCAGAAUAGAGCAGACCCAGCGACGAUCUUCCCCCCAGAAAGCUUUUGCUGCAUCUCUGAAGUCCUCUUGCCCCGAAACCAUCAAUUAAACAACAGCAGAAUGCGAUAAACUCUGUUCAGUAUAUUCUUCAGUAAUAAGUGCUUCUGGUCAAGAAGAGAUUUUCAAAGUCUAUUUGUGAACAGUUUCUUGAGCAGGCGACACCCUUUUAAGCUGAAAUGUAAUUCUUAUCUCAGAUAAUUUCCCGACCGAUUGUAGUUGAGAAGAGUAACAAGUUCCAUUGGCAGAAGGCCAUUUACCUUAGCUAUUGAGUAAUUUGGUCAUCACCUCCUUCUGCUUUCUCGUUUCUUUGGCGCAGCCACUUUGGUCGGCACUGGUUUUAGUUUAACUUUUAACCUCAUUCUCCUCAAGGAUGAUAAGUGAAUGCUAGAAAUGUAUGUAUUUUGGUAUGGGGUGUUGUAGGAUUAUGUAUAUAUAGAGCAAUCUUUAUUGCCUUUA